AUGCCCCGGCGGGCGCCCUGCCGAGCCCUCUCCGUGGUGCUGAUUCUGCUCUGGGCACACCCACGCACGGCUCUCGCCUGUCCCCAUCCUUGUGCCUGCUACGUCCCCAGCGAGGUCCACUGCACCUUCCGCUCCUUGGCUGCUGUGCCAGCUGGGAUUUCUCCACAUGUGGAAAGAAUCAAUUUGGGGUUCAAUAGCAUACAGGCUCUGUCGGAAACCUCCUUUGCGGGACUGACCAACCUGGAGCUUCUCAUGGUUCACGGCAACAACAUCCCCAGCAUCCCUGACGGGGCAUUGAAGGACCUCAGCUCCCUGCAGGUGUUCAAAUUCAGCUACAAUAAGCUGCGCGUGAUCACAGGACAGACCCUGCAGGGGCUCUGGAGCUUAAUGAGGCUGCACAUGGACCACAACAAAAUCGAGUUUAUCCACCCACAAGCGUUCAAGGGCCUGAUGUCCCUGAGGCUCCUGCACUUAGAGGGGAACCUACUCCACCAGGUGCACGCCGGGACCUUCUCCACGUUCACCUUUCUGGACUACUUCAGGCUGUCCAACAUCAGGCACGUCUACUUAGCAGAGAACAAGAUGCGCGCUCUUCCCGCGGGCGUGCUCCAGAGCAUGCCGCUGCUGGAAAACCUGUACCUGCAGGGGAACCCGUGGUCCUGUGACUGCGAGAUGGCGUGGUUCCUGCAGUGGGACGCGAAAUCCAAAGGGAUUCUGAAGUGUAAGAAGGACAAAGCUUAUGAAGGUGGUCAGUUAUGUGCCAUGUGUUCCAGCCCCAAGAAGCUGCACAAGCAAGAGAUUCACAAGCUGAAACACAUCCCUUGUCUGAAGCCCUCCAUCGAGUCCCCCCUGAGACACAACAGCAGCGGCAGCGGCGAGGAUGACGAGGAAACAGAGGACGACACUGACGGCCAGCUCUCCCUGGAGAGGUUCCAACUCCCCCCCUGGAAUAUUUCUCUGAACAUGACCGACGAGCACGGGAACGUCGUGAGCUUGGCCUGUGACAUCAAGAAGCCGACGGAGGUGCACAAAAUUCACUUGAACCAAACGGACUCGCAGGAGCUUGAGAUCAACGCCACGGUGGCCUUGGACUUUGAGUGCGCGAUGACUCGGGAGAACUAUGAGAAACUGUGGAAGCUGAUUGCAUAUUACAGCGAAGUCCCCGUGCGGCUGCACCGAGAAGCCGCGCUCAGCCAAGACUCCGGCGUCGCCUACCACUAUCGGCAAGACGCCGCCGACGACACUCUCUACUACACGGGGGUCAGGGCCCACAUUCAGGCGGAGCCAGAAUGGGUCAUGCAGCCAUCCAUAGACCUCCAGCUGAACCGACGUCAGAGCACGGCCAAAAAGGUGCUGCUGUCCUACUAUUCUCAGCAUUCUCUGACCAUGUCCGGCAAAGACGCAGAGCAGUCUCGGAGCAGGAGCUGGGUCAUGAUUGAGCCAAGUGGAGCGGUGCAGAGGGCUCAGACGGUCCUGGAAGGGGCUCCUUGCCAGCUGAGCUGUAAUGUGAAGGCUUCGGAGAGUCCAUCCAUCUUCUGGGUGCUUCCAGAUGGCUCUGUCCUGAAGGCACCCAUGGAGGACAAGAAUGGCAAGGUGUCCAUCCUCACCAGUGGCUGGCUGAAGAUCAAAUCGACGGAGCAGUCGGACUCUGGUUUGUACCAGUGCAUUGCUCAGGUAAGGGAUGAGAUGGACCGAAUGGUGUACAGGGUCCUCGUGCAGACGCCUGCCACUCAGGCCCCUGACGGACACACAGUGAAGAUUCAGAAGAACCCAGGGGAGCCGGUGACGUUGCCUUGCCACGCACUGGCGGUACCUGAAGCCCAGCUCAGCUGGAUUCUUCCAAACAAAAGGAUCCUUAACGACUUGACUAACACAUCACACGCAUACAUGCUGGCCGAUGGGACUCUCUCCAUCCCCAAGGUCCAAGUCAGCGACAGUGGCUAUUACAAAUGUGUGGCCGUCAAUCAGCAAGGGGCAGACGACUUCACCGUGGGGGUCACAGUGAGUAAGAAAGGGUCUGGCAGGUCGUCCAAAAGAGGCCGACGCCCCGGCGGGAAGACUCCUUCCAGGCUGAGAGGAGAUAUUGUGGAGGACGAAGGGGGCUCAGGCGUGGAAGAUGAAGAUAACGCUUCAAGGAGAAUUCUCCACCCAAAGGACCACGAGAUGUUCAUCCAGACAAAGGACGAUGCCGUCCCCGGGGGUAAGAAAGGGAGGAGAAAACCGAAGCCUUGGAAGAAUUCUGGAAAAGAGCCAGAGACCACCAUCGCGGAAGGUCGCAGGGUGUUCGAGUCCCGACGGAAAAUCAACAUGGCCAGCAAGCAGAUCAAUCCGGAGCACUGGGCAGACAUUUUAGCUCGCGUACGCGGGAAAAACCUCCCUAAGGGAACAGAGGUCCCCGGGGUCACAGACACCACCCCAGUAGCCACGACAGUGCCAGCCCAGAAGGCCACGUCACCAUCAGUGCCGCCCACUCACCCUUCUCGAAAGAGACCCAACGAGAGGAGAAGGUUACGUCCCCACAAAUUCCGACUCCGGAAUAAACAAACUCCACCCACCACGUUUGCCCCGACGGAGACUUUCUCUGACCCACCAACCCGAGCACCUGAAGUGAAGACUCCAAGCAAAGCGCAGAGUUCGCCGGUCCCUACCUCUUGGGUUGAGAGCACAGUUGGGACCCCCAAACAGUUGGAAAUGCGGAAGCAAGAAGAACCUGUAAGCAAGGGGACCCCAAGAAGGAAGCACGGGAGGAGGCCAAACAAGCAUCGGUACAGCACGUCCACAGCGAGCUCUGCCACAUCUGCGUCCAAGCUCAGCCCUUCCUCAGACAAGCAACCUAAAAACACGAUUACCCCCAGUCCAGAGACUGCGGCUUUCUCUACAGCCAUUUCUUUGGAAACUGCACACCCACGUCAGAUAACUAGAGUGGAAGAUUCCAUGGCAACCCCCACAAACAUAUCUGUAUCUCCUGACACAUUCCAAGAGACACUUCCCGGCACACAUACGCUGGCAUCAGCUGGUAAAGAAAUGAAGACUAAUGGUGUCACAGGCAUCAGUGACAACAGAACUGAUGGUUUAGUCCCUGCUGAGUCAGUCAUUAAUGUUGUAUCAACUUCUGGCUCCGAGGUCUCCACUGUGGGAGAAUUUAAGGAAACGUCCCCUCCUUCCGGCUUUCCAGGAGCUGAAAGCUGGAAUCCCCCAAGGACAGCCCAGCCAGGGAGGCUGCAAACAGACGCAGCUGCUACCAGCUCUCCAGAAACCCUGACAGACCGAUCUUCUUCUAAAGAGUCGGAGGACCUGGAGUUUUCCUCUGAGGUUUCGCCUUCUGUUGCAGCGUCUACACUGUUUCCACAGGAAGGACAGGUCUCUUCAACCACCCUCUCAAGCAUGGACGUCGAGUCCUCUUCGAGUCGGGCAGGAACCAUCAGUGGUCAGGGGCAUCAGGAAACCCCUCCUGCGAUUAUCCGCCCUGAAAUGCGGCCCCCGAAUCAAGUCCCCACACCUGCCCCGAUGGAAGAGCCCGCAUCUCCACUGUCCCACACGACUCUCAUGUCGGUGGUACAAACCACCACCACAAAGCCCACUCCCCGUACUUCCAGAGCGUCUCCAUCCUCAGCAGAGUCCAAGGAAAACGUUUUCUUCAAUUAUGUGGGGAUCCCAGAAACCAAAACACCGCCAGCCCACAAUGAGGGCACUCAACAUAUAUGGAGGCCAAACGGAUUAUCCACCCCAUCCCCCGACCAGGAUGGAUUUAAGUUAACUCCAAACAAGGAGUUAGGAAGGGAAGCAUUUGAUGGUAAGACCCAAAACCUUCUUCCACGUGGCCCCGACCGUCAUCCCCAGGGAGGGAGAGUCCACGGGUUCCACCAACCGGCCAAAGUGCCUGCCCUGCCUGUCCCACCAAGAGGGACUGUGCGGCCACCACACAUGACCACCCAAAACUCCUUCCGACACGUUGUAACCGUCCAGCCCCCUCGCCACUUGACCAACAAAGCGGAAGUAACUGCAUACCCUCCGUCCAGGGCCUUGCCCAAGCAUCACCACGUUACGACGCCAAAGUUCUCAAGCACAAGCCCUCCUGUGGUUCCGUGGCGUGGUUCCAAAGUCAACACUCCUAGCAAGCCUCCUGACCAAGGAGCUGACCGGUGGAAUGGCAACCCCAACGUGUUUGGAAAUAACUAUAUCCCGGACCUACGAGACCCUGUCGGCAAGCUUCCAAGUCCAAGAGUCCCUCAGUAUUCGAAUGGAAGGCUCCCUCUCUUUUCCAACAGGACCUUGUCUUUCCCACAGCUGGGAGUUACGCAGAAGCCCCCCACACCCACCUCUCCUGCCCCAGCGAUGGCAGAGAGAAAGGUCAACCCCGGCACCUACCCUAGGAUCCAUUCUCAGAGCAUCAGCCAUGGGGACCUCGGUCCGCCAGCACCCCCAUUUCUACACCAUCCCCGGAGCACGGCACCGCCUUCCACAAACGUCCAGAACAUCCCUCUGCUUUACUCCACCCGGAGCUCCGUCCCCUUCGUCACCGCUUCUGGACAGCCUUCCAGAAGCUUCCAUCAGAGCGGCUCCAAGCUCUUCUCUGCCGGAGGGCCACCUGCGUCCAAAUUCUGGACACUUGGGGAAAAGCCCCAAAUUAUCACCAAGUCCCCGCAGACCGUAUCCGUCACCGCGGAGACCGACGUCGUGUUCCCCUGUGAGGCAACGGGCAAACCCAAGCCUUUCGUGACUUGGACAAAGGUUUCCACAGGUGCUCUCAUGACGCCUAACACCAGAGUGCAGCGCUUUGAGGUCCUCAAGAACGGCACGUUUGUCAUCCGGAAGGUGCAGGUGCAGGACCGCGGGCAGUACAUGUGCGUGGCCAAAAACCUGCACGGCGUGGACAGGAUGGUGGUGGUUCUGUCCGUGUCCGUUCAACAGCCGCAGAUCCUGGCGUCCCACUACCAGGACGUGACCGUCUACCUGGGAGACACCAUCGCCAUGGAGUGCCUGGCCAAGGGGACCCCCGUGCCCCAAAUCUCCUGGAUCUUCCCGGACAGGAGGGUGUGGCAGACCGUGUCCCCCGUGGAAGGCAGGGUGACCCUGCACGAGAACCGCACCCUGUCCAUCAAAGAGGCGUCCUUCGCAGACCGAGGUGUCUACCAGUGCGUGGCGAGCAACGCGGCGGGCGCGGACAGCCUGGCCAUCCGCCUGCACGUGGCGGCCCUGCCCCCGGUCAUCCAGCAGGAGAAGCUGGAGAACAUCUCGCUGCCGCCUGGGCUCAGCAUCCACAUCCACUGCAGCGCCAAGGCCGCGCCCCAGCCCAGCGUGCGCUGGGUGCUCGGGGACGGCACCCAGGUCCGCCCGUCGCAGUUCCUCCACGGCAACUUGUUCGUCUUCCCCAACGGGACGCUCUACAUCCGCAACCUGGCGCCCAAGGACAGCGGGCGCUACGAGUGCGUGGCCGCCAACCUGGUGGGCUCCGCGCGCAGGACCGUGCAGCUGACCGUGCAGCGCGCCGCGGCCAACGCGCGCAUCACCGGCACCUCCCCGCAGAGGACCAACGUCCACUACGGGGGGACCCUGCGGCUGGACUGCAGCGCCUCCGGGGACCCCUGGCCUCGCAUCCUCUGGAGGCUGCCCUCCAAGCGCAUGAUCGACGCGCUGUUCAGCUUCGACACCCGAGUCAAGGUGUUUGCCAACGGGACCCUGGUGGUGAAGUCCGUCACCGACAAAGACGCCGGGGAUUACCUGUGCGUUGCUCGGAACAAGGUGGGCGACGACUUCGUCAUGCUCAAGGUCAACGUGGUCAUGAAACCGGCCAAGAUCGAGCACAAGGAGGAGAACGACCACAGGGUCUUCUACGGGAGCGACCUGAAAGUUGACUGCGUGGCCACCGGGCUGCCCAACCCUGAGAUCUUCUGGAGCGUUCCGGACGGGAGCCUGGUCAACUCCUUCAUGCAGUCCGAUGACAGCGGCGGGCGCACCAAGCGCUACGUCGUGUUCAACAACGGGACCCUCUACUUCAACGAAGUCGGGAUGCGUGAGGAAGGGGAUUACACCUGCUUUGCCGAGAAUCAGGUGGGCAAGGAUGAGAUGACCGUGCGUGUCAAGGUGGUGACGGAGCCCGCCGCCAUCCGGAACAAGACGUACUCCAUGGUCCAGGUCCCCUACGGGGAUGUGGUCACGGUGGCAUGCGAGGCCAAGGGGGAGCCCACGCCCAGGGUGACGUGGCUGUCUCCCACCAACAGGCUCAUCCCCACCUCCUCUGAGAAGUACCAGAUCUAUCAGGACGGCACCCUCCUCAUUCAGAAAGCCCAGCGCUCAGACAGCGGCAACUACACGUGUGUGGUCAGGAACAGUGCUGGCGAGGACAGGAAAGUCGUCUGGAUCCACGUCAACGUCCAGUCGCCCAAGAUCAACGGGAACCCCGACGCCAUCACCACCGUGAGGGAGAUAGCGGCCGGGGGGAGCCGGAAACUCAUCGACUGCCUGGCCGAGGGCGUCCCCACCCCCAGGGUGUUGUGGGCCUUUCCCGAAGGCGUGGUUCUGCCAGCCCCGUACUACGGGAACCGAGUCACCAUCCAUCGCAACGGCACCCUGGACAUCAGGAGCCUGAGAAAGAGUGACUCCGUGCAGCUGGCUUGCAUCGGCCGCAACGAGGGCGGGGAAGCCAGGCUGAUCGUCCAGCUCACCGUGCUGGAACCCCUGCAGAAGCCUACUUUCCAUGACCCGGUCAAUGAGAAGAUCACGGCCAUGGCCGGCCACACCAUCAGCCUCAACUGCUCAGCCGCGGGGACCCCGACACCUACCCUGCUCUGGGUGCUGCCUAACGGCACGGAGCUGCAGAGCGGCCAACGGGUGCAGAGGUUUUACCAUAAGAGCGACGGCAUGCUGCACAUCAGCGGCCUGUCCUCUGCAGACGCCGGGGCUUACCGCUGCGUGGCCCGAAACGCCGCGGGCCACACGGAGAGGCUGGUGUCCCUGAAGGUGGGGCUGAAGCCGGAGGCCAGCCAGCAGUAUCACAACUUGGUGAGCAUCAUCAACGGGGAGACCCUGCAGCUGCACUGCCUGCCCGCUGCGGGCCGGCAGGCGCGCCUCUCCUGGACUCUCCCCAAUGGCGUGACGCUGCAGGACCCCCAAACCCGGGGACGCGUUUCCAUCUGGGAAAACGGCACCCUCACUGUGCGAGAGGCCUCGGUGUUCGACAGGGGCACCUACGUGUGCAAGACGGACACUGAGUUUGGCUCCUCUGUCAUGAACUUCCCGGUGAUUGUCAUAGCUUAUCCGCCCAGGAUCACCAGUGAGCCGACACCCGUCAUCUACACCCGGCCCGGCAACACCGUGAAGAUGAACUGCAUGGCCAUGGGCAUCCCCAAAGCGGAGAUAACAUGGGAGCUGCCGGACCGGUCGCAUCUGACGGCUGGCCCGCAGGCCCGUCUGUACGGAAAUAGGUUCCUUCACCCACAGGGGUCGUUAACCAUCCAACAGGCCACACACAGAGACAUGGGUUUCUACAAGUGCACGGCGAAAAACAUCCUGGGCACGGACUCAAAAACAACCUAUAUCCACGUUUACUGAGACGCCGCCGGGAGAGCGUGGACGCCACGCUCCUGGCUUAGGGACUUAGGACAAAGCCACAUCUGUAAGGAAUCCGAGUCCGAGCCCUGCCAGGCAUGGUCACAGGCCAUGGUGGCCCCCGGUUGGGUCUCAGGUUUCUGUUGACGUUGACCUGUGCUUGUUGGCGAAAGGAAGCGGCGCCGACGGGGAAGGCGGGCUCGACGACCUCUCCGGGGACUUUCCUUCAUGUUGACAGGACGCCGUGUGCUCUUGUCUGGCACGUCCCGGGACCUGGGCACACGCGGCGCUUCUGUGUGGCACACGCCGCUCCGACGCGUUCAUGAGUGUCUGUAGGCCGGCCGAGGAGCAGUCACUGAAAACAAGCCACAGACAUGGGUAGCACCCUCUCAUCCGAUGGAAGAUGCCUGGCUUACUUAACCCCCCUGCAGAUUUAAACACGAAAGAACAUUCUAGAACGAGUGCCCGCCUGUCAGUUACUUGCUCUGUCACUUCAAAACUCCAGUUUGCCCACUAUGGGCUUAGCACCAGAGUGAUUUAUUAUUAUUUUUUCAUGUACAAGUUUCAUACGCUACAGCUACCAUUUUAUAUGAAAGAAGUCUUUUCUCGCUGGAACUCACGUUUUAUAUAGUGUUUUAUAUAUAUAUUAUAUAUAUAUUUUUUUUUUUCUUUCUCAUUAGACGAUGAGGCUAGAAAGAGAAAGAAAUACUUUCUUUCUGUCUCAUUAAAAAUAAUAAAUUAUUGGUCUUUACAAGACUUGGAUACAUUACAGCAGGCAUGGAAAUGUAAUU